GCGGAAGUGUAGGAGGGCUUGCGGGGCGGGCUCGAGGAGGGCCGGGAAAGGAUGGAUCUCUGAGGCGGUCUGGGCCGCUGCGGCAGUGCCAUGGAGACCGUGCAGCUGAGGAACCCGCCGCGCAGGCAGCUGAAAAAGUUGGAUGAAGAUAGUUUAACCAAACAACCAGAAGAAGUGUUUGAUGUCUUGGAGAAACUUGGAGAAGGGUCCUAUGGCAGUGUAUACAAAGCUAUUCAUAAAGAGACUGGCCAGAUUGUUGCUAUUAAGCAAGUUCCUGUGGAAUCAGACCUGCAGGAGAUAAUAAAAGAAAUUUCAAUAAUGCAGCAGUGUGACAGCCCUCACGUAGUCAAAUACUAUGGCAGCUAUUUUAAGAACACAGACUUGUGGAUUGUUAUGGAAUACUGCGGGGCUGGGUCUGUGUCUGAUAUCAUUCGGUUACGAAAUAAGACGUUAACAGAAGAUGAAAUAGCUACAAUAUUACAGUCGACUCUUAAAGGAUUAGAGUACCUUCAUUUUAUGAGAAAAAUACACCGAGAUAUCAAGGCAGGAAAUAUUUUGCUAAAUACAGAAGGGCAUGCAAAACUUGCAGAUUUUGGAGUAGCAGGUCAACUUACAGAUACCAUGGCCAAGAGGAAUACAGUGAUAGGAACUCCAUUCUGGAUGGCUCCUGAAGUUAUUCAGGAAAUCGGGUACAACUGUGUGGCAGACAUCUGGUCUCUGGGAAUAACUGCCAUAGAAAUGGCUGAAGGAAAGCCCCCGUAUGCUGAUAUCCAUCCAAUGAGGGCAAUCUUCAUGAUUCCUACAAACCCUCCUCCCACAUUCCGAAAGCCAGAGCUGUGGUCAGAUAACUUCAUGGAUUUUGUGAAGCAGUGUCUUGUAAAGAGCCCUGAGCAGAGAGCCACAGCCACACAACUCCUACAGCAUCCAUUUGUCAAAAGUGCCAAAGGAGUGUCAAUACUGAGAGACUUAAUUAACGAAGCCAUGGAUGUGAAGCUGAAACGCCAGGAAGCCCAGCAGCGGGAAGUGGAUCAGGAUGAUGAUGAAAACUCAGAGGAGGAUGAAAUGGAUUCUGGCACGAUGGUUCGAGCUGUGGGUGAUGAUAUGGGCACUGUCCGAGCAGCCAGCACCCUGAGUGAUGGAGCCAAUACUAUGAUUGAGCAUGAUGACACGUUGCCAUCACAGCUGGGCACCAUGGUAAUCAAUGCGGAAGAUGAGGAAGAAGAAGGGACCAUGAAAAGAAGAGAUGAGACCAUACAACCUGCAAAACCAUCUUUCCUUGAAUACUUUGAACAAAAAGAAAAGGAAAACCAGGUCAGCAGCUUUGGCAAGAGUAUACCUGGCCCUUUGAAAAAUUCUUCAGAUUGGAAAAUACCACAGGAUGGAGAUUAUGAAUUUGUGAGUAGUGCAACA